CCUCAACUAUCCUCUUCUCAUCCACUCAACUACAUUCAUUGACUACUGCCGCUCCAGUAGCUUCUCAGUACUGCCAUGUCAGACACUUCACGGCGUGCGCCAUCGAGGCUACAGUCGAUAAUUUCGUCUCUCCUACUCGUAUGGCUGUCCCUCGCUCUGUCUCCGCUCACCACCGCAUUCACGGCUUGGGCCCUCCUUCGUAGCGGGCACAUACCUCUGCUCGGGAGCGGCGGGAAGGCGAGGCGCCAAAGACAUAAGAAGGGCACCGCGCUCGUCAAUGGAGGUCGAAUGCAGAAGAGCCUCUACAUCGCUCGAGCGCUCGCCAGGCAGGGAUGGAGAGUCGUAGUAGUGGAGGAGCAUGGCUGGGGUCUUCUCUCCCCCGCCCGCUUCUCACGCUUUGUUGAUGCAUUUCACCUCGUCCCCUCUGGAGGCGGGAAGCACUAUGUAGAUGCUCUGGUCGCUAUUGCUGAGGCAGAGAAAGCCGAAUUAUUUGUUCCCUGCUCCGGAGCUGGCACCACGCAUGAGGAUGCUCUGGCGGCGGACAAGAUGCGGAGACAGCGUACUUCUGCUAAAAGCAGCGACGGAUUCAGAGCAGUCAUUCAGGAUCCGGAGCUGGUCCUCGAACUGCAUGAGAAGGACAAGUUCAUCACCCUCACCCGCUCCUACUCCCUCGAUGCUCCGGAGUCGAUCCUUGUCGACUCCCCGCAAGAACUCCUGAAGCUACUUCGCUUGCCGAAACAGCCACCACGCAUCUUAAAAUGCGCCGCAGAGCUAGAUGAUGUCGGACGCUCCGAUUUGACACUUUACCCCCUUCGCAACAAGGCCGGCGCUCCAGAUUUCAAGGCAACAGAACGCCGCAUCUCUUCCUUGCCUAUCCCCAUCUCCAAGCAGACGCCGUACAUAGCGCAAGAGUUCAUCGGAGGAGGCAGAACGACAGAGUGGUGCACGCAUUCGACUAUCGACGAGCAGGGAAACGUGCUCGCCUUUGUAUGCUGCCCGAGCAACGAUAUGCUCAUGACGUAUCAUCCUCUCCCCUCGAACCACCCACUGGGCCAACGAGCGCUGGCGUGGACCCGCGAAUUCAUGCGGAGAGUCAAGAAGGAUGCCAAGUGGCAGGGCAGGGCUAUUCAAGGGCAUUACAGCUUCGACUUUAUCCACCAGCCAGACGCAGAUGCUGGAGAGGGGGAACAGGGGGCAGAAUACUGGAACAAUGGCCGACUGGUAGCAAUCGAGUGCAAUCCGCGCGUGCACACGGCCGUAGGGCUGCUCGCAGAGAACCCAAAAUUCGGAAGCGUCUACGACCUCGAUGUUGGCCGAAGCAAGGAACAGCCAGCCCUCAUCGAGCCUCUGCCCCGAGCAAAACCAAUGAGCUGGCUAGCGCACGACGUGCCCGCUCGUCUUCUCCCGCACCUCGUGCCUCGCUUCCUCCGCAAGCUCGUGCACCCGCUCUGGCUCACUUCUCGUGAAGCUGGCUCCUCUUCCUCACAAGUCGUCGCAGGGGGAGGGUCUCACUUCGACCUGGCUGCACCGGGAGAGAGAGAUGCGGCGUGGGAUCAAGAGGACCCACUGCCAUUCGUUGUGUUCUACCACGUUACAUGGCCCUACUUGGUGUUGAGGCAGGUGCUGGUGAGGCGGAGAGCGUGGAGUAGGAUCAAUGUCAGUACCGCGAGGAUUUUUGAGUGCUAGGAGAGAGCGCGGCAGAGGGUUCAGGAGCUGAAGAGAUGGCUCGAGAGGAAAGCAGGAAGAGAAGGCGAUGCCGCAGGGAAAGGACAAAUGCUGAGAAGAUGCUGAUUGUAUGAUGAUGUUAAUGCUGUAAAGAAACCAAGAUAAGCAGUCCACU